AUGCCGCUGAAUCAUGUGGAACGUCAAAUUGUCUGGGAGUCAGAUCAAUGGUGCUUCUGGCAUUUCUUGGAGCCUGGAGAACCUUGUGCCAGCGCUGGGACUGACUCAAUCUCAUUGUAUCCCGUGCGCUGGGAUUAUCUCCUGGGAGGGGGUGGAACUGGAGCUGAUAAUGACCUUUAUAUAAACCAAGCCGUAGUAUUUAUUGAAGAUGCAAUACAGUAUCGGUCUAUAAAUCACCGUGUGGACUCCAGAUCCCUGUGGCUUUAUCGAUGGUACUACUCAAGGACUUGCCAGUGGAUUUUGAGCUUAACCAUUACUAUAAUCCUGGCUUUGGCUUUCAUUGAAAAACCUUCUUCGCUUACUGUCACGUCAGAUGUACGAUACCGCCUUCCUGCGUGGAAUCCUCCCUGUGGCCUCACAGAAAGCAUUGAGCUGCUUUGCUUUCUUGUCUUCGUGGUUGAUGUGUCCGUGAAGAGUUAUUUAAUUGGAUGGGAAGAAUUUUGGAAAAAUAAAUGGCUAAUGGCUUAUAUACUGACAUUAAUUGUUUCCCUGACUGAUUGGGUUGUAUCGCUGAGCUUUUUCUGCACAGAGAAUAUGAGAAUAAGAAGAAUUCUUCGUCCUUUCUUUCUCCUUCAGAAUUCUUCUAUGAUGAAGAAAACAUUAAAAAGUAUCAACAGCACAUUGCCUGAAAUGGCAAGUGUUGUUCUGCUACUGGCUGUUCACCUGUCUCUCUUUACCAUGUUUGCCAUGCUGCUGUUUGCUCGAACAAAGGAUGGCCAGCAGGAUAAGGAGUGGGUGGGGUAUUUCCGGAAUUUGCCAGAUUCACUGACAUCACUGCUGGUCCUGCUAACUACUGCAAAUAAUCCUGAUGUGAUGAUUCCUGCAUAUUCUAAGAAUCGAGCAUAUUCAAUCUUCUUCAUACUCUUCACUGUAUUAGGCAACUUGUUUCUGAUGAACUUGCUUACAGCAAUAAUAUACAAUCAGUUUCGAGGAUACCUUCUGAAAUCAGUUCAGUCCUCCCUCUUCAGGAGGCGACUGGGAAUCCGGGCUGCGUUUGAAGUACUGUCUUCCCUGAAGGACACUCCUGCUAAUGCACAACAGCCGUAUGUCAGUGUUGGGGCCUUACUACAAGUGCUGCAGAAAGUUGAAAUGGAUUCUCGCUGCAAGCAAGCCAUCUUGAGAUCACUCAAAAUGUGCUCCUGUGACCAGCUGUCAGCUGCCCAGUUUCAGAAGCUCUUUGAAGAACUAGACAAAGAUGCCAUUAAGCAACAUCCUCCCAGUCCAGAGUACCAGUCGCAUUUUAUGCAGAAAAUGCAGUUUGCCUUUGGCCAUCCCUACUUCGGAUACUUGGGGAAUGUUGUAGCCCUUGCAAACAUUGUUUCUAUCUGUGUGGUUUUGGUGAUGGAUGCAGAUAAGCAGCCUUCUGAAAGAGAUGACUUCUUCUUGGGGGCUAUCAACUGCUUCUUCAUCCUAUACUAUAUGCUGGAAAUGUUGCUGAAAAUCUUAGCAAUGGGCUUGAAAAGAUACUUGUCAUACCCAAGCAAUAGAUUUGAUGGACUUCUGACUGUAAUUUUGCUGCUUUUGGAGAUUUCCACGUUUGCUGUGUACGGAUUUCCUCAUCCUGGUUGGAGACCCGAGUUCAUGGGCUUGUUAUCCCUGUGGGAUAUGGUGCGAUUGGUGAACAUGUUAAUUGUGUUCAGGUUCCUGCGGAUUAUUCCUAACAUGAAGUUCAUGGCUUUGGUUGUUACUACAUUGCUGGAUCUGGUAAAAAACUUGAGAGCCUUUGCAGGAAUCCUUGUGGUGGUUUUCUAUGCAUUUGCUAUAACUGGCAUAAUGCUAUUUAAAGAUGCUGUUGUUCCCUUGGGAAAUACCAGUGCUGUCAAUACAACAUAUGAUAAUGGCACUUUGCAGUGUGGGACCUACGAACAGCUGGAAUAUUGGCCAAACAACUUUGAUGACUUUGCUGCAGCAGUGGUGACCCUCUGGGAUGUGAUGGUGGUUAACAACUGGCAAGUCUUUUUGGAAGCGUUUUCAAGAUACUCCAGUCCGUGGGCAAAGAUCUAUUUUGUAGCCUGGUGGUUGAUCUCCUCUGUCAUCUGGGUUAAUCUCUUCGUAGCUUUACUUCUGGAGAACUUUAUUCACAAGUGGGACCGUCGCUGUCAUCGAGAGCCUGUCUCGGAUGUUGAAUACCAGAGGACAGUUGAACUAAUGUUCAGAGAUGUUUUGGAAGAACCUACAGAGGAAGAGUUGAUGGAAAAACUGCACCAGCAUCCACACCUGCAGUUAUGUAGGUGA